UACUCAUAACAACCAUGUAUUUACUCUAUUGUAGAAGAUUGUUGUACAACCCGGUUACAUGUGUGGGAAUGAAAGAGUAAGAUAAGGACUGCUUCUGUCAGUGGGAUGCUGGGAUUCCUGCGCUUCAGAGGUCACGGCCAUCACAUGGUCACCUGGUGUGUGUUGAGGUCCUCCAUCCAGGCCUCCCUCCCCCCUCUCCAACACACACACCUCACCCAAACAGCACACCUCUGUGUACGUGCUGCACCCCCUUCUGGCCUCUCCCGUCUUAGGCCACCCGCAGGGCAAAGAGAUCCCACUCUCCUCCGAGAUCACCUUACCGUUCAGCGCAGGAGUCAGCAUGCCCCAUAUUCCCAGGGUCCCACGCAACAGGGCCCCAAACCCGGCACUGCGACAGCGAAGUUCCGUCUGCAGACCCGCCUGGCGGUGACGGUGCUGUUCGGCGCGGGCAUCCUGGGCACUUGGUGGUACGUGCGCAAGGAGAAGCAGGACAAGCUCCAGAGGCAGCGGAUCGAGCAGCUCCGUAAGGUGGCCAUCGGCCAGGGAGACUUCAGCCUGCUGGACCACACCGGCCAGCGGCGCACUAAGCGCGACUUCCUGGGCAGCUGGUCGCUGCUCUACUUCGGCUUCACUCACUGCCCGGACAUCUGCCCCGAAGAGCUGGACAAGCUGACUAGCGUGGUGACGAUCCUGGACGAGGACGCUAGCCUGCCGCGUGUCCAGCCACUCUUCUUCACGGUCGACCCCGAGCGCGACGACGUAGCGGCCAUGCAGAAGUAUGUGAAGGACUUCCAUCCGCGCCUGAUCGGGCUCACCGGCACGCCGGACGAGAUUAAGCUGGCAGGCCGAGACUACCGGGUGUAUGCCAGCGCCGGACCCAAAGACGAGGACGGAGAUUACAUCGUGGACCACACCAUCCUUAUCUACCUGGUCAACCCUGAUGGACUCUUUCUGGACUACUACAACAGGAUGAAGGACGACAAGCAGAUCGCAGAGAGCAUACGCAACCACAUGAAGAACUUUGUCAGACUAUUCACAGACUAAAAGGUGGAUCUACUGGUGUGGCCGACAGGCUGUGGGUUUAUGAAUGUGAAAUAAAGUGUGAUUAAAAAGUG